AUAUUGGGUUUUAAACUUUUAAUGCUUUUUUGAGGUUUUUGUAUUUUUUUAGUUUAUUUGGGGAGGUUUGUUUUGUUGAAAAUUCAAAUUUGUGUUCUUGUUCUUCAAUUUUAUACACUUGAUGAUUUUGUGGGUAAAUUGGAUCUGGGUUCUUUUUUUUUUUUUUGAAUAAGUUGUUGAUGGUAAUAGUGGCUAAUUUGCAGGUGAUUUAGCUUCUUUUAACUUUAACUUGGCGGAUUUUUUGGGGGAGUUUUAGUUGAAUAGAUAAUAGCACUGACUAAUUCUUAUUUGGAAUUGCAUGCUUUUUAGUGGAGUAUUUUGUUUGCUUGUGAUACUUUUCAGAAUUUAUGGGCUUUUGGUCUGUUUUAGUAUUGAGUGAAGAUAAAAGGAUUAGAUUUUACUUCCUACUAUUUACCUUUUUGUUUGUCUAUCCUCUUUUACAUUAGAGGAGAGAGGGACAGCAUGAUGGUAUUGCUAAGAAGCAAUGAAACCAUCUGGUGUAGUUAAGUGAAAGUUCGAACCUACAUACGAAAUUUAUCUGGUUCAAUGGCUGUCGUGAACUCCGUUGAUCUAGUUCCUCCAGUUGUAUGUUUGAUUAGCAGCGAACGAAUCUUUACCUGGUUCUCAAGUGUUGUCUUAUAGGAUAUAGGUGAUAUUGCUUGAAUCUGGACCUCUAUCCUGAGGCUUUGAGAUUGAAUUAUAUGCUUGAAGGAUUGUGAAUAAGAUGGGUUGUUUCACAGUCUUAAAAGGUAAAAAGAAGAAGACUGAGAAGAGUGUACAUAUUAAGCGUGUACUGCCUCAGGAAAGUACUCCUACAACCCUUCCUGAACCUCAAAUUGGCAGUCAUGCAUUACAAUCAGCUCCUCCGAGUUUCCGCACCAGAGGACAGCCUGUUCAACCUACAAAUAAGUUGACAUAUAAUAGGAUGCGUGCACUUUCUGCACCAUCUAGCCUUCAUGGGCCCGACAGAGAGUCGUCAUCAAUCGAAUAUGAAGAGAGAGAGGAGUUGAAAUCCCAUGUACAAUUACCGCAAGAACAAAGGUCACCUAGUCCUCAGCCUCUUCCACUUCCUUCACCUCAUGGUUUUGGCUCCUUUAAAUCUACAGGCAGCUUUAAAGCAGGGAGUUCCAGUGGCCCUCUAAAUGCUUCUGGUCCAUUGCCACUUCCUCCAUCAGGAUCACUCCGGAACUUCUCCUACGAAGAAAUUUCAUCUGCCUGCCACAAUAUCUCAUCAGAAACUUGUACAUCCGAGAGUCUCUCUUCAAUUAAUUUUAAGGCUUCUUUUUGUGAUGUUUCUUCUAGUGCUAGAAAGAUUGAGGCCACUGUUACCAGAUUUUACCCUUCAGCUCAGGGUUUAAGGGAAUUUAUGAAUGAGGUGAACACACUUGCAUCUCUUCAACAUCCCAACCUAUGUAAGUUGCUUGGUUAUCACGCGCGUGAAGGCUCUGACCAGAGGAUCUUGGUCUAUGAAAGGCUACACCAUGGAAGCUUGGAUCAGCUUUUAUAUGGUAGAUCAGCUGGCCCUCCGAUUGAUUGGAAUACAAGAGUAAAAGUAGCGUUAUGUGCUGCUCAAGGACUUACCUUCUUACAUGAACAAGGUCCUUUCCAGGCAAUGUACAAUGAAUUUUCUACAGUCAAUAUACAGAUUGACAAGGAUUUUAGUGCAAAGCUUUCAGGAUAUGGUUGUAUUGGUCUUCUUCCAGAAGCAGACCUCUCCAAUGCCUCUCCGGCACUAGGAAAUCUUUCUGUGGAGACUAUGGAGAAAGGGAUACUCACCCCAAAAAGCAAUGUCUACAGCUUCGGGAUCGUUCUCCUUGAAGUUCUGACUGGCCGGAAGAACAUGGAUAGUCGUCGAUCGAAGGAGGAGAGGAACUUGGUCAAAUGGAGCUGGCCAUUCCUAGCCGAUGAAUGUAGGCUCUCCCUAAUAAUGGACCCACAGUUAAAAGGGCGAUUCCCCAUAAAAGCAGCAAGAACAGUUGCUGAUAUAGCACAAAAAUGUCUUCAGAAGGACCCUUCAGAAAGACCCACCAUGAGAAUCAUUGUAGAGAACCUCAAAACCAUACAAGACAUAAAACAUUCAUGCCGGUUUCCUCUCCAAGAGCCCGGAACUGUUGCCGGAAAGCAGAUGUUUCGAUCACCCAGUCUUCCACCUCGACAAAGUUACUCUCACCCGUCACCAUCUCAGGCCUAUGCCUCUCCCAUCUCCCCAACAAGGCCGCUCACUUUGCCCUUAUCACUUCCUCCUCGAGCUUGCUCUUCACUUGUUUCAUUGGACGAACUUGAACUGCAAGAGGCCCGCAAAUCAUCAUCAUCAUCGGCCGUAUAUCGAAGGUCUAGUGUUGAAGGGUUCUAAUUGUUGAUAUCUUGCACAUAUUUUCAUUUUUCUUCACCCCUCACCCUCAUGUUCCUUCUUUUUUCCUCUUUUUUUUUGAGUCAUACAUGAUUGAUUAUACAGUAAAGAUAUGGUGUUCCCCUCUCUUUCCCUCUAUGUCCACUGUCUUACCUCAUGGAUAGCCUCAGAGGAUGGUGGUUUUGUAGAUAUUGAGUGUAAGCCCCUCUAAAAUAUUCUGCAUCUUGUGAGAACUGUGAUUUUUCUGGGAGUAUUUGUCAAUUACAACCUAUUCAAUGUAUCACUUUGUGAUUUAUAGCUUCUAUAUUUAUAAAAAGGAAGUUGUAUAUUACUACC